UUUGUGGGACUUCACGUCUCAGGAACACAUCGUGACACUACAUCCAGACCGGUCAUUAUUGUACAAGCUUCAAAGCGUGUCAUCAUGAGUCCUUGACGUCUGUCUCUUCAUUCAUCAGUAUGAGCGGUGCUGCGCUGGCUGUUGUGGUGGUAGUUGUCUUCCUCUUGGCCCUCUACCUCCUCCAGCGCUAUGGAGAUCUGCGGAGGCAGCAGCGGAUGGUCCUCCUGGGGACGCUGCUGUCCUGGUACCUCUGCUUCCUCAUCGUCUUCAUCCUGCCGCUCGACGUCAGCACGACCAUCUACAAGCAGUGUAUUCUUGACAAUACUAACCACCCUACACCUGUAACUUCAACGAGACGCAAUAAUCAGACAGACGACAACUCCUCUGUUAAUCCAGCUGUCAGAAUACCAAAGGUUUGUGAGGAGCCAUGGAGUUAUAUACCAGAUGGAAUCCUACCAGUGUUCUGGAGAGUUGUAUACUGGACGUCCCAGUUUCUUACUUGGCUGCUGUUGCCUUUCAUGCAGUCUUAUGCGCGGUCGGCAGCUUUCUCCAGAGUUGGAAAGAUUAAAACAGCUCUCAUUGAAAAUGCUAUCUAUUAUGGCACUUACCUCCUUAUUUUCAUCUCUCUGCUCAUCUAUGUUGCCGCGCACCCACAGUGGCAACUCACAUGGAGAGAGCUCCAGACCAUCGGCAUCACAGCCGCCAACACCUGGGGCCUCUUCCUUCUGGUGCUCUUGCUAGGCUAUGGCCUGGUGGAGAUCCCGCGCUCUUAUUGGCUGUUAUCUUCCCAUGGUUACCUGCUGGCCAAGACUUACUUCAAGGCAUCGAAAAUGGCUACUGAAAAGGCGUCGGUGGAAGAGGACCUGGCAGAUGUUAUGGAGGAGGUGGCAGGCGUCCAUGAAUCAGUCAGGUACAACCACUGUCUCAGAAAGUGUGUGGACACUAUAAUUACAAAGUGUCCCACUGAGUACAAAGAAGAGAUGGGAAGAAAUGUGGAGAGCGCUUGUGGUGAGCAGAAUGUCCCUACCACCAAAAGAGGCUUGAUUAAUCUGCAUAAAAAAGUAAUCUCUGCAGUGCAGAGACACAGUCAGACUCAGGUUCAGUGGUCUAUCUUGUUAGAUGAGGCCGUUCAUUUAGAAGAUGUAGCUAAAAGUCUGAGCAGCCCAGUCCGACAGUUCAUCCACAGCUCAGAGUCAACCCAGGAACGCGGCUGGAUCCAUCGGUUCAUCUACACUCCUACUGUGGAGUGGUACUGGGAGUGUGUGUUCAGGCAGUGUUUCUACAGGCUGCUGGCAGUUCUCCUGUGUCUCAUCUCAGCAGCAGUUGUUUGGUCCGAGUGCACCUUCUUCAGCACACACCCAGUCCUCUCCCUCUUCGCUGUCUUUGUUCAGCUGGCUGAAAAACAAUACAACUACAUUUGUAUCGAGAUGGUGUGCUUCGUCAGUAUCCUCUUCCUGUGUGUCUGUGUCUACUCCACAGUGUUCAGGAUACGAGUCUUCAACUACUACUACCUGGUGCCACAUCACCAGACUGAUGCUUACAGCCUGCAGUUCAGCGGCAUGUUGUUUUGCCGUCUGACCCCUCCUUUAUGCCUUAACUUUCUGGGCCUGAUUCACAUGGACUCAGCCAUAUCACACCAGGACAGAAUACAGACAUCCUACACCUCUAUCAUGGGCUCUAUGCGUGUGCUAUAUUUCAUAUCUGAUGGCUUCUACAUCUACUAUCCCAUGCUGGUAUUGCUGCUCUGCUUUGCCACUUUUUAUAGCCUGGGCUCUCGCUGUUUGAAUCUCCUCGGCUUCCAUCAGUACAUCACUGACGACCACUUGACCUCUGACCUGGUGGAUGAAGGCAAGGAACUCAUCAGAAGAGAAAGAAGAAAAAGACAGAAGGCUGAGGAUGGAGAAAAUCGAAGAUGGGCCUGGAGGGAGCGGUAUGGAGUCCAUGGGACUACUGGGCGAACCAGAGCUGGUUACACAGAGUUGAAUGAUGACCAGAGCAGCCCUGUCACCGGGAUCAAUAAUAGUGUUAUCACAUUCACCAGAAGGGAUGGAGAGGAGGAGGAGCAGAGGAGAUCCUUACUGCGAGAUAACUCCAGUGAUGAAGGUUCACCAAACAGAAGAUCCAAAGGAGGACGUUACCGUUCUCUGUCACCUUCUGAGACAGGCUUCUUUGACGAUGUUUGAUACACUGGAGGCAUGGAAGGAGAGCAAAAAAAGUUAGUACAAGCUGGAACUGAAAAAAAGACAAAAAAUGCUCAUCUUCUUGAGAAAAGUCUGAACGCAAAGGAUUAUACAGUAUCUCAGGAAAUAAAGAGGAAGAUACCAUCAGUUUCCAUCAUUAUUCACUGAAAGAGAGCACUAACUGUGAUUAACCUGUGUGUGCAAAGCCAAACCCUUUUGAAUGUAGUUUUGAUAUUUACUGUCAAGCAGUAGCGUAGAUUGAUGGAUAAAAGAGAUGAAUGGCACAGUUACACACCUGCAGUGAUUUAGGAUAAGUAAAUGUAUUAUUGUCUGAGUAUUUUACCACACAGGUUCCUUUUUAAGAAAAAUAUUUGCAAGCUGUGAAAACAAUAAAAAUGAAAACUGAUUUAUUUACUCAAAGGGACGAUAUCAACAGCCUAACAAUAUUCAUGUUGAAUAUUUUGUGUUUGGAAAGACAUCACUGUUUUUGUUUGUAUUACAGUCUACUGUCAAUUAUGUUCUGUAAGGAUGUGAAUGUUUUGUUUAUCUGUGUCUACCAAAAUGCAUAAAAACAUCAUUAUUUUACCCAUUUUUGCAAUCUUCAUUCAAUGAUGAACAACUUAAAUUUGAUGCACCAGCACACAACGUUUGUGUUUAUUGUGCUUUACCACUGAUUUGAUAUGCUGUAAGGUGACCUUGAGGGCCAUUAAAGGCGUCACCAAAUAAAAUGUAUUAUUAUUAUU